AUGCUUCUACAAUUUAAACCUACUUCUCAGACACCGAAUUCUACUUCGGCGGGCGUGGGCGCGACCGGAAUCGAAGAUCGUUUACAAGACGGUGUCCCUCAGACCAUCGAACAUCUUCGUGAGGCCGGCAUGCACGUGUGGGUGCUGACUGGGGACAAACAGGAGACGGCGAUCAAUAUUGCACACUCAGCCCGCCUGAUCACAGAUGAGCACAAACUGAUUUGUAUCAAUGCCAACUCUAAGUCCCGAACAAACUAUCUACUGACAUGUCAUCUGCAUGCAAUACUCUGCGGCCAGACGUGGCCCCCACGUGAAGCGAUCAGUGACGUAAUGAGUGAUGUUCCCGAUCUGAGUGACUCUUCCGAUUCCGAAUCUACAUCCAGUCAGUUGACUGAUGUGGAUCAAGUUGUUGAUCGAGGAGAUAAUAUGGUGAAUUUUACCAAUCAACGUCGUGUCCGACUCUGUUCUCCUCCGUCUGUCGCUCCUGUCUCGGCUGAUCCCCCGGCGGUGAGACGUCGUCGUCGUCGUAUCACGCGAUCCGUAUCGGAGAGCCGUAUGCACUCAGAUGCAUACAGACAAGAAGAAGAGGCUGAACAGGAAGCCUCCGGGAACGGGACUAGAACGCGUCCGGUUCGAUCUCGCUAUCGUCGACGACAUCACCACCACCGUCAUCAUCGACAUUCGCGGGGCCCGAACACCCAUCCACAUGUGCAUGCCCACAACACGCAUUGGCGAAUACACAUUCGACAAGUGCCACCCGUUGUCAGUUUGGUUAAAGAUGGCCUAAAAGUGCAAACACUGGCAAUCGGGGACGGUGCGAACGAUGUUAACAUGAUUCAAGUGGCCAAUGUGGGGGUCGGAAUUGGUGGUCAGGAGGGAAUGCAAGCAGUCAUGGCCUCGGAUUUCGCAAUCACUCGAUUCGCGUUUCUCGAACGUCUGGUGAUUGUGCACGGGCACAUGUGUUACGACAAAUUGGCCCAUACCGCGCUGUACUUGUUUUACAAAGAUGCGGUAAGUUGA